CGUCUCCAAAUUACAGAGAAUUCAUUCCUGAGCUGGAGAGGUGCCAGAAGUUUCUCAUCUAGCUGUCUGUGGGCUGCCUUUUUCUUUCCCCUCUUUGAGGCUUUCUGAUGCCUAGAGUGAGCUCAACUCAAAGGUUUCCAGCCUCACACUCGCCUCAUAUUCCCCCACAGACUCAGCGAGCUCUGUGAUUCUGAGGAAUACCGUGUGCCAGCAUCUGACUCACAGUCUGCUUUUACCUGCAGGUGUUCCAGAAACUUCAAAAUGCGUCUGGAAGAAAUGAAAAGAUUGCAGAAUCCUUUAGAACAAGUUAAUGAUGGAAAAUAUUUACUUGAAAAUCACCAGUUGGCCAUGGAUAUGGAGAAUAAUAUUGAAAACUAUCACCUCAAUCUACAGCCCUUGGAAUCAAAAGUGAAAAUCAUUCAGCGAGCGUGGCGCGAGUACCUGCAGCGGCAGGACCCCCUGGAGAAGAGGUGCCCGUCCCCGCCCUCCGUGUCCUCGGACAAGCUGAGCAGCUCCGUCAGCAUGAACACCUUCUCCGACAGCAGCACACCCGAUUACCGAGAGGAUGGGAUGGAUCUAGGCAGUGACGCCGGCAGCAGCAGCAGCAGCAGCAGCCGCGCCAGUUCGCAGUCCAACUCCACCAAAGUGACCCCUUGCUCCGAGUGCAAAUCCUCGUCGUCGCCGGGGGGCAGCCUGGACUUGGUGUCUGCCCUGGAGGACUAUGAGGAGCCCUUCCCGGGUUACCAGAAGAAGGUGAUUGAUGAGUGGGCGCCGGAGGAGGACGGGGAGGAGGAGGAAGAGGAGGACGAGCGCGACGGACGAGGGUACCGGGAUGACCUGAGCAGGGUCCUGAGCAAUUGGCACAUCAGCCUAUCAGAAUUCAGGAGAGGUUCUUUCUCAAGUAAAAUUCUAAAGAGUCAAAGGAUGAAUUUGGACAGUGAUGGAAUGGAUGACAUCAUCAGUCAAGAAUCCCCAUUGGAUAUGGAGGGGAAUUAUAAAAAGGCACAGAAAAAUGAGAGAGAAUCUAUCAGACAGAAGUUGGCACUCGGGAGCUUCUUUGAUGAUGGCCCAGGAAUUUAUACCAGCUGCAGCAAAAGUGGGAAGCCAAGCCUUUCCUCUCGCCUGCAGAGUGGGAUGAACCUGCAGAUCUGCUUUGUCAACGACAGCGGCAGUGACAAGGACAGCGAUGCGGAUGACAGCAAGACGGAAACCAGCCUGGACACCCCCUUGUCGCCCAUGAGCAAACAGAGCUCUUCCUAUUCUGAUAGAGACACUACUGAAGAGGAAUCUGAAUCCCUAGAUGAUAUGGAUUUCCUCACCAGGCAAAAGAAAUUGCAAGCUGAAGCCAAAAUGGCCCUCGCCAUGGCCAAACCCAUGGCCAAAAUGCAAGUAGAAGUGGAAAAACAGAACAGGAAAAAGUCUCCCGUCGCUGACCUACUGCCACACAUGCCUCAUAUAAGCGAAUGCUUGAUGAAGAGGAGUUUAAAGCCCGCUGACCUGAGGGACAUGACUAUUGGGCAGCUACAAGUGAUAGUCAAUGAUCUCCAUUCUCAGAUAGAAAGCUUGAAUGAAGAGCUGGUCCAGCUGCUGCUCAUCCGAGAUGAGCUGCACACGGAACAGGAUGCCAUGCUGGUGGACAUUGAAGACUUGACCAGACAUGCCGAAAGUCAGCAAAAGCACAUGGCAGAGAAAAUGCCUGCGAAGUGAAGAGGAGCCAUCCCAUCUGUGGUUGUAAAAAUGCUGUUGCGCAAGGUGGCGCAGAAACAAACAAACAUCAGUGUUAGUCAUUGAUAAUGUCUGAAGCUUCAUGUCCAGUGAUUGGCCUUUGCUUCUUUUUCUUUCUUUUUUUCCCCACAUUUUACCAGAUGAAUUUAAUUGACAUUUUCGGAGCAUUACACCCCAAAACUGCAGGGCACACGUUCCCCUCAACUCACAUGGAACACCCUCUAGGACAGACCACAUAUUAAGCCACAAAACAAGCUUAAAUGAACUUAAAAAGAUUUAAAUCAUUCCACCCACCUCCCACCCCACCCCCAGCCACAAUGGCAUGAAAGUAGAAAUCAAUUUAAAAAAAACACACCUGAAAAACACAUAAACACAUGGAGGCUAAAUAACACGCUACCAAACAGUGAAUGGGCUAACAAUGAGACCAAGGAAGAAAUCAAAAGAUACCUUGAUCCCUGGCUGGUGUGGCUCAGUUAGUUGAGUGCCA